AUGAGAGCUAUUUCUAAAUCUUCUUCUGAAACUCAAACACUCAAGAUUUCCAUAUACCCAAAAAACAUUGUCUUAAGAGAAAUCUUUUGUCUUGCCAUUGUUUUCUUUUACCAAAUUACUGUGUACAUAAUGAAGUAUGGGGUUAUAUGGAAAUCUUGUCAAUAUCUCUAUGGUUUAGUUAUCAUUAAGUUGUUGUUGUUGUGGAGGGCUGUGUUGAUUAUGUGGACCACGCAUAUUAGCAAGUGGCAGUCUGCUCUUCAAAGAAAGAAACUAAUAAAAAUAAUUCAAGUAGAAAAAUAUCACUAA